UGGUCUGGCAUCUAUUAACAUUGAGAGUGAAACGUAGUCAAAUAUAGUUCAAGUGAAUUAAACGAAUAGUAGUAAGUUUAGCUAAAAUCUUUGCUCAGACAUUGCGAAACAUUGGCAUUUGACUCGGCUCGACCAAAAUAGUCUCAAACUCCUGCAACUGACAGCACGCCGGGCAAGGAUUCCAUACUUAAUAAUACCAUUAAAAAACAUUAUAAACAAAUGUUUUCCGUCGAUAAUACAAGUAGCCUACAUAGUGUCAUGAUCCAUAAUAGUGUCAACAAAUACUUGAUAUUUACAAAUUCUGUUGUAGGCUAAAUUACAAGAACUAAUACUGGAUCCGUAAAAUUAUUCACCAAAUAUUUAUCUUAUUCUCAAGGUUGGAGUUUUCAUACUGAAAAAAAGGAAUGAAACCAAACGUGUUUAUUCUCAUGAAGUGACGCGUCAUCGCGGCAGGCUGUCCUCAAUGAUAGUACGGGCUCCGUAUUUUAGUAAUGAGUGAGUGGGAGGGUCAGUCAGUGAGACUAAUAAGGACUAGGAUCCUGCGUGAGAUCCCAUUCUCACUUUUUUAUUUCCAAGUGAACUUUGGAAUUGCAGAUUACGAUAACAUGUGUUCACAAAACCCUGAAAGGAUUGUUCUUCUGUGAUUCGGAGGAAAGUUCCGCGGCAGAUGUUUCAAAGAAGUCUUUUCCCACAUGUCGUGGAGGACAUGACUAACUUCCUGAGAUGGACUGUUUUUCUCUGGAUUGUAAAUACCAUUCCCUUGGGCUGUGGAAUGGCACUGAAUGAACGAAUUGAUGUUCCAUGUCCUCCCUUGAAGCUGGAGGAAAGCAGGUUUGCAUCAAGUAUGACUGAAACGCAUGAGUUCACAGGAUUCGACCUAGCAGAGAAGUUCCUGUUAAGAAAAGUCGUUGACGACAGACCAAUGUAUCGCCUGGGAAGCAGGCCCCUCAUUAAGCCUACAGAAUUGGUCUUUCCGCAUGGACUGCCAAGCGAAUACUCCAUUGUUGCCACAUUCCGGCUCCGGAAAACCACAAAGAAAGAUCGCUGGUAUCUCUGGCAGAUAUUUGAUCAGUCUGGGAGCAGUCAGGUGUCUAUUGUGGUGGACGGUGCCAAGAAAGUGGUAGAGUUCUCCUCCCUGGGCCUGCUGAAGAACAACCUUCAUCACACCUUCAAGAGUCGCGAUCUGCACGCCCUGUUCGACCGGCAGUGGCACACGCUCGGGGUAGCCGUGCAGACCAGCAUUGUCUCCAUCUUCUUAGACUGUAAGCUAAUAGAGAGGAGGGAGCUGGACGAGCGAGACUCCACGGACAUGAACGGACGCACCCUCAUAACCACACGGACGGAGGAUGGGAGGCCGGUGGAUAUUGAGUUGCAGCAAAUCUUAAUCUUUUGUGAUCCUCAACUGGCAGAGAUGGUGAACUGUUGUGAGGCUCCAGGGUCCACGUGUGGGCCCAAGGAGGCGCCGGCUGCCACGAGUCCUCCGCUGGUCACGGGCUACCUUCCCAGGAUGCUCUCGCAGCCCAUACUCCAGUCCGGCGACAGGUGCCAGUGCUCUGCGGAGAAGGGAGAUCCGGGCUUGCCAGGAUUGGCAGGACUUCCAGGACAAAAGGGAGAUAAAGGAGACAGGGGCGAGACCGGAGAGAACGGAGACCCGGGGAACCCUGGCAUCAAGGGGGAUAACGGUGCUCAAGGUGUCUCUGGUUUGGACGGCACUGCUGGGAGUAAGGGUGAGCCGGGAUUAGACGGAGUGAAAGGAAUCGGCGGUGAAAAGGGUGAGAAUGGAGACCCCGGAGAGCGUGGGAACGACGGCCUUCCUGGACCGAACGGAUUGAAAGGUGACCCAGGACCUGCAGGUGAACCGGGCCUCAAAGGUGAUAAAGGGGACGCUGGCCCACCUGGCCCUGCAGGAUCAUCGACUGAAAUGACAGGCCUAAAGGGAGAUCAGGGGUUACCGGGUCCUGCAGGGGACAAGGGGGAGGCCGGGAUGCCGGGUCAGUCAGGAGCGCCAGGCAAGGAGGGCAAAAGGGGCCGUCGAGGAAAACCAGGAGAUCCUGGAAAGCCAGGGCCACCUGGUCCCUCAGGGUCCGGUGAAGGGGCAGGCACCAAGGGAGAUAAAGGUGACUCAGGGACCCCAGGGGAACCAGGAGUGAAAGGAGAGGGAGGUGAUGCGGGUCAGCAUGGCGAGGCAGGGGCCAGUGGCAUAAAGGGACAGAAGGGUGAAACUGGCCUGAGGGGACCCCCGGGCCCUGUGAUGACAGCUCAUGGUCUAAGGCACCUCUCUGGACCUGGAGAAGAAGGAGACAAGGGACAGAAAGGCGAGAAGGGAGAUCAGGGAGAAAUCGGAAUCCAAGGACCCCAGGGUUUAAAGGGGUCCAUGGGACUGCCAGGGCCACUUGGAAUACCAGGCCCAGAGGGCAAAGAGGGUCCAGCAGGGACAAUCGGACUCCCUGGUGUUCCUGGAGAAGUGGGCUCACCGGGGGUACCAGGAGAACUGGGGAAAGAAGGGACUAAAGGAGACAAGGGUGACGCGGGAGGAGUCACCGGACCGCCAGGCGAGCCCGGACCCAAAGGCGAGCCCGGCGAGGCAGGAUCUGGAGGUCCGGGAGGAGCGAUGACCGGGCCAAGAGGAUCUCGCGGGCCAAAGGGUGAAAGAGGUGUGCCUGGGCUUCCAGGAGACCCAGGAGAGAAAGGUGACCUUGGAAUCGGCCUCAGAGGACACCCUGGUCCUAUGGGAGGCAAGGGGGAGCCAGGCUUUGAGGGUCCCAGAGGGCCCCACGGAAUGUCAGGUCCCGCCGGGCCACCCGGCAGUGAGGGUCCCUCGGGUCGAGAAGGCAGGCCAGGCCCCCCCGGACCCCCCGGCGAACCGAUUGCACUACCAAUUGUUGGAGACAUGAGUGCUUUACUCAAGAAUGCCUGCAGUGUUUGCCAGACGAGGGUGCCAGGACUGACCGGCCAGAAGGGUGAGAAGGGGUCUCAUGGUGUGUUCGGCGCCCAGGGCAUGGAGGGGGAGAAGGGCGAUCAGGGUCUGCGUGGUCCGGUGGGCCAUCCAGGGAUAGAAGGCCCUAAGGGAGUGAAGGGAGAGCGAGGAUUCCCGGGACCGCUGGGCGACAAAGGAGACGAGGGGCCCCCGGGUAUCCCAGGAUUCGUCGGUGCUACUGGGCGUACUGGUGUUCCUGGUUCAGUGGGAAGACCAGGUCCUGUUGGCCCAUUGGGGACAAAGGGAGAAAGAGGCAGUGAAGGAGCCCCAGGACGACCUGGACUCCCAGGCCCACCUGGCGUACCUUACGUGGAGGGCAAAGGGAUGAGUAGUCUUUACAAACUACAGAGUGGCGGAGCCAGCCUUGGACAUCCAGGACCACCAGGUCUUCCUGGUCCCAAAGGAGAUGAGGGGAGACCAGGGGAGCUGGGUUCCAUGGGAUUGCCGGGACUCGAGGGACUGCCCGGUGCCAAGGGGGACCCGGGUAUGCCAGGACCUCCAGGGACUACAGGCCCAAUGGGGAAGCCAGGCCCGCGCGGAGAGCUGGGGAUCCCAGGCGAGCCGGGUCAACGAGGGCCAUUAGGAGAGACAGGAUUCCCAGGACCAGAGGGGCCCCAUGGUGCUCCUGGAAGGCCCGGGAAAGAUGGUAUUCCUGGAUAUGAGGGAGCUACAGGUAGACACGGGGACCGCGGCUCCAAAGGCGAACGUGGUGAUCCAGGAAUCCCUGGCGAGCGUGGAGUACAAGGGGAGAGAGGCCGUACCGGAGAUCCGGGUUCCUUGGGGCCGAGGGGGCCCAGCGGACAUCUAGGACUCAGGGGAGAUCCAGGACCGCAAGGGCCAGCCGGAACUCCAGGACUUCCAGGGUUACUAAGUGAUCCCGCAUCCUUGGAGGAAAUUAGAACGUUUAUCCGAAAUGAAGUAUUGAGGAUUUUCGAAGAGCGUUUGGCGAGUGAAGCCCAGCUGCAGAAGACACCGGCGGCCAUUUUGGCUGCCCAGGUGCGACAGGGGCCUCCAGGCCCCCCAGGCAACGACGGUUCCCCGGGGCCACCAGGCAAUCCUGGAACGUCAGGCCCUCAGGGUUAUCGGGGUCAGAAAGGUGAACGAGGCCAGAUGGGCUUGGGUCUUCCUGGAGCUCCUGGACCUACAGGUCCAUCAGGUUUACCAGCAGAAGGCAUCCAGGGGCCUCAAGGGCCCCAGGGGCAGGAGGGCCCACCUGGCAGAUGCGACCCCAGUGACUGCCAAACCCCCCACUCCCAUUCCCGGCGGCACGGCUAGCCUGCCCUGCCACCAGAUAUCAGUCCUCCCAGGGACCCAGAGAGCAGGAGUCCGCCCUGGGAUUUUGAGUCAAGACAUUUUCUGGAGGGGGGUGGGAGUUUAACUAAAUGAGUAAAAUCAGCUGGCUCAGUACAAAAGUCAGGCAGAAACAUGGUCGCCUUUUUACGUUCUGACACGCAAACCUCUAACCCUCUGCCCUGCCUCUUAGUGUGUGCUGUUUAUUCAGUCAGGCCUGAGGAGGUCUCUGAUUAGCCAUCUCGCAAUACCUUCUUAGUAUGCAUCUUAUUUUCUUCGCAUGGGGUUUGAAUUAGCCAAGUAGCGUAGAAAAACAGAGAGAUGUGUUUAUCUAUGAGUUUGCCAAAUCAAACCCAACCCGUUUGAUGCAAUCUGCAACGUUUCAUGGAAGCUUUCCUUUUUAAAUUUUCAUUAGUUAUGAUUUAUAUUAUGUCGAGAUGCCCUUAAUCAUGUACCACUUUUGUCUUCCCAUUCUGUGACCCAAUGCAUUCCACAUGAAUUCAUGUCAUUUAUGUCAAGACCAUGACAUGCAAACAGGAACAGCUUUAUUCAGAUAGGCUACACUUAGUUAUUAGAUUUUCAGUAUCAUGAGCUGAAAGUGAAGAAGUCAAUCUCCACAUUUCACAUGAAUGUUGAAAGGCUGUGUAUAUAUCAAUGUCAGUCUGAUCUGAAGGUGUCUAGGACAGUUUAGAGACAGAACAUACUACUGGGUCAACUCAAACCAAAGCUAUGCUCAUAACUCCAAAUGGCAGUCCAGGAAAAUAUAGUACAGGUUGGUUUAAUCAUUGCCCAGGAAUCCAGCAUGUAGGUUGAUUACAUUGAAUGAAGAAAUGGGGUGGGGGGGCACAUUACAUCUAAAGUUUCACAUUUUACAAUCUCAGCUUUGACAGAAUUGAACUGAGGUAUUAUAUUGAUUUAGCAAAGAGUAGUGUUUGAAUACUGAAGUCUGGAUGUCUGAACUGCCCUUGUGAGGCAGAAGCUAAGAGAUGAGGGGGGAGAGAGGAGGGUUGAGGAGCUGACGGCUCGGUGGGAGUUCAGGUUGUCAGACAUGGUGUUUCUUCUGAGCUUCAGUCAAGGAAACCAGCGGUGUCUCACUGUGCUCAGGACUGUCAGGCUUCUCAUCUGCAGAUCCCUACUCUGCCAGCCUUGUUACAUUUCCGAUGAAGAAUCCUUUACUUUUUAAUGCUUGUACUUCUUGUUUUUUAUUAUUUUAUUUGUAUUUGUUUUUGCAAUCUUCUUACAGUGGUCAUUCACUCAGGUGGUUAUCAUUAACAGCAGAAUGUGUGUGGGAGAGAGAGAAGUGCAAAAUUGGCGAUAUAAAAUCUGCAGGAGUGUAAAUAACAAAAUGGGGGAGUUGUUUGUCACCCUCAGUGUGGCAGAUGCUGUUGCAGGUGCUGUUGUGCUGCUCUUUUGAGGCAAAACAAAAAAAAUCACUUUUAUUGUUUACAAGGGAAUAGGUUGCUUAGGUUCCCUUCACACUGUACAGACAUCAGACUACUGGUGCUUUAUGUAUAUUUUGAACUUUGAUUUUCUUUUUUUCCAAAGGCAGAAUUUGCCAGUUUGUGCCAUCAAAAUGUAAACAUAAUUCAGGAUAUUUAUAAUUGUCUUAUUGUUUGUGUGUUUGUGUUUGACGGAUAUUUUGUUUUCUUUGAUGUACUUGAAUUUUGUCGUUUGGUUGUCAUAGGUUUUGUUUUUUGAACAUAUUGAUAAAUAUGUUCAUAUUUUUAAAAACUGAAACUGGUUGAAUAUUUCUUCGCUGAUCAUGGCUUGCAAAGUAUUCUAUUGUUGACGUUCUUAUCCUACAAUUUGUCUUAAACCUGGAAUUCUUAUCAAACAUCUUUAUUUAUGAGUUGGUUGUUUCAAUGGCUAAUACACUAUUAUGCUUGCUUCAUUAAUUGUUGUGUUGUCAGUCAUUAAGAUUUGCACAUGGGCAAAUCAGACUGUACUGACAUGACUGUAGAGGUGUCAUCUCCUUACCGUGAGGAUCUUUGCCACAGUCUUUUUAAGUUGAAUAUGUGGUGCUCUGCACAGUGGUGUGGGAGAAAGGGCCUUCAACUUCACAGAGAUGCUUGUAUUUCUUUCCCUGUGCUCUGAUAUGAUUAAAGUAUCAAAGGUUAUGUGGGCGUACUGCCGUUCUAGGAUUUUCCAAUAUCUCCUUUUUGGUGCAUUUUUCCUGAAGUGUGAUGACUUUUUUUUUUCUUUAUGAAAUUAGCACAUUUUCUUUGCCUCCCCCUUUCAUUUUUCACCCUAGCACACAUUGUUUUGUUGUUAUGUUUAACUCACAGUGACAAUGAGAGGGUAGCAAAUUUUUCACCAGGGUUUGAAAGCCAAGCAUUUUUUUCUUUAAAUAUUAGCAUGUCUUGCUUAUCACUGGAUACACUAAUGAGUUGAUGGUACAGCAGGUCAGAUUUGUUGUCGAGUUUUCAUCACUUGGCCAUUUCUUCUUGGUUGGCUGAGAGAAGAGUAGUUGAAAUGCAGUGGAAAUCUGCAGCAGGCUCAGGCUAUAUACAGGACAGUUUCAUUGUCUUUCCCUUGUAACUGCUCAAACCGCUGCAAUGUUUAUGCUGUGAGCUCACCUUAGAUAUGUCAGUGACUGACCCAUGUUGUCAUCUUUUGGAUUGAUCUUUUUUUCAAGUUUCUCUGAGUCGUAGCUAUGCCUUUCUAGUGCUCUUGGUUAGUUCUUGUCAACUGCAGACUGAGGAUGUUUGUUUUUUCCUACUUAACCGCACCAUGUGACCAAAAAACACCACAUGCUAUUAUCACUUUCUUGAGCUCUGUAGCGCCACAGAGUGGCUGAUACGCACAUUGAAGUGAAAGGAUCCACAGCCACAACCUGCUGAAGUUCUGAGAUCUUUAAUGUUGAAAUGGUUUAAGCCCAAUGUGAUGGGGGAAAGGACUGCGUUUGAGCUGUGUUGAGUUAAUAUAUUUUUUUUCUCAACUGCUAAACACAGCUUUCUACAGGGUUCUGGCAUACAAACAUAACAGCCUCAUUGUUCCCAUAGAGAGAAAUAGUGGUUUUCUAAAUUAUAUGGUUGCACCAAUGUAGCACACCAAAGCUAAAUGCUGCAGGUGUCAUACGCCACAGUAGGGUUGGGAACAGAUGUUACCUGGGCUGAUGCUCCAGAGACUUUACUUCAGUGGCUCAGAGUGACACAAAGAAUCAGCAAUGUGGAAGUAAGUCAUUAAUAUCAAUACAGCUCCAACUCCCACAUUAAAAUGACUCAUUAGAUUCGUUGGCAACACUGCAAUCGGCUGAGUUCAAUCAGUCCUUUUGAAAUGUCCUAUGAGGGCAAUAGUUUGAGAAUGAGUGGAGUAUUAUUGGAACAUGUGCAUCUCUCAAAGUUACAAGUUCCUCUGGUACUUUCAUCCAUUUAACUCUGAAACCCACUAAACAUAUUCUGCCUGAGAACAUCUAAAUAUCACUGUAUCUGUGUUGUAUAUUAUAUGGCGAAUUUUGCAUAGUUUGUUAACUAAAGCCCUCUAAGCUGCCUACGUGUUUCAGUGAAAUCUCCUCUCAUACCAAAUGAACAAAAAAUGUUGAUCUCAUACCAAAUAAACAAAAAACGUGGUACAGUUCAUGCAUUUGUGCUUCUGUCAUCAAUCUGACACAGAUGUCAUACUGAUAGUUUCUACGUUGUAUGUUCAGUUAUUUGGGCUUUGUACCAUUGAGCAAGGUGUUUGCUAACAUUGCUAUUAGCCAAAAAAGGUAAUGACUCUACUCUGACCCUUGUUGCAUUUUUGCUGUUUGAAUUCCUGACCGAUGCUUUUUAUCUCUUUUAUCUCUAAUUCAUUCUCAUCUGUAAAGACUGAUGCAUGUCCAACAAUCAAGCAUGUGCAGUGUAUCAAACAAUGCAAGCAUUCCUAAAACAAAAUGGGCACACACACAGUUUUCUCACAGUUGGCCUUAUUCCCAUUCUUAGCCGGGGCAAAUUCCAAUAAUCUUUUAAUGCAAGAUCUAAAAUUCAUGGUGUCAAGAGGAAAAUGUCUUGAUUUCCUUUUCGUUUACUGAUGCUUAAAGAGGACCUAUUAUGCUUUAUAAUAGGUCUGCUUUAAUACCCAGAGCAACUGGGCUUAAACUCAUAAUACUACUUCUAACGUGUAAUGUGAUAUCAACUGCCAUCAGCAUUCAGUGAAUCAGUUGCAAAAUUUCGAACCGUACUUAGCUUCUCCCUAUGCAACACGGUGAACUGUGCAUGCAACUUGAGGUAAAUGUAUCAGAUUUAUUUAUUUUAUAUAUAGAUUAAAAUAAACUGAGCAGAAAAAUGGAGGAUUUAUUUAGGGUAUCUUGUAGAUGUGACCAUUCACUGAACUUCUUGUUUGUUUGAAACUUUAUUUCCAGCUGUUAAAAAAAUGGUCAAAUUGAUUUACUGACUGGUGAAUUGAUUGAUAUGUGUAUGAAUAUAUGUACCUGAAUAACUGAAUUGCAGGAUGUUUUACUGUUGUUUUAUUGUGAUUUCUACUAUGACACUGUGCUGUUUUUUAUGCCUCCAAAAGGUACAUCCUCACAUUUAGUCUUUUCUUCCUUCCUCUGUCAUGUACUCUUUAAUUUCUGGUGGAUAGCUAAAUCUAUCUGCACAAUAGUUUGGUCACUUUAUUUAAACUGCAUGUAUCCGCUGCAUGCGACCAUUCAACUCUGAAUGCAACUCCCGUAUUCCAUAAAACAGCCAAUGUCUGUGAUAUGUCUGUUAUCUUGUGUUGAUUUGCAAUGAUUGAUAAUAUUUCUUAUUUAGUUUUGUCCACAACACUGGCCGAGGAUUCUUUUUUGUUAUUUCACAUUCAGCUGAUACAUUUCGUUAGGUUUUUUUUAUUUUGUGUGGUCUUGCUAGAAAACUAGAAAACUAUUUUGGGAUGCUUAUAUGAAGUUUUGACAUUAGGACAGGUGCAUUACCAAAUGUAGGUAAAAGUAUAUUGACUACUGUGAGGUUAGUUUCUGAUGAUGAGGUGGAUCCUCGCAACUUGUCUUUGAGUUCAGUCAACACUGUGAAUUCCACAUGAGACAGCUUAUCUAGCCACUAGAGCAGGCAUUCUUGAGACACAGGAGGAAUCACUGUGGUCUGAUGACGGAUACAUAACCUGUGAACAUUUAAGAUGAAUUUACAUGUGCAUACGGUAGCUUUGGUUCUUCUGUGAGAGAAGUGGAUUGGGGGAUUGGAUUCACUAUACUGGCCAAAUUUCUUUAUUUGUGGCAGGAAAUUAUAAAGAAGAGUUUACAUGCUCUGCCAAAAUUAUAUUGAGGCUUUUUUUGUGGUGAAUUCAGAACUGUUUCAGAUUAUAGCUUAAAAGGAAUGUUUAUCAGAUAUAUACUAUGUGUGUGACAUCAGGUUUUUUUAUGAGGAUAAAGCAUAUCAAAGAUAACAUGCAUAACACAAGUAACAAACAAAUAACAAUGGCUUUUGAAUGUUUGUGGUGAAAAUGGCCCCAUGGAUGUCUUAUUUUCAACAAACCCUUAUGUAUUUUGAUUUGUACUUCAAAUGUAAUUCAACUUAUAAAAUGAAUUAUUUGAAUGUCCAAGUCUGUACUGAGUUAAAACGUAAGAGUCAUUAAUUGUUUUAUAUUUCUUCUACUUGCCCUUCCCCUAACUGUACUCUAAUAAAACAAAUAAAAUUGAUUCUUUACACAUUGAAA